AUGGCUACUGUACACACGCAUGGAGUUGCUGAAAAGGAAGCGACGAAGCUUAUGCUCCGAGAGUUACCUAGCGGAACCGUGCGAUACGUGUCCAACUUCACUCCGCUCCAGAGCUUCAUUGGACUCAUCAUCUGCGACAAGACUCCAGACGCUACCAACGCCCGCGCGCUACCGGUUAACGAGCUGCUCGCGCUCGCACUGAACGAACUGGCCGCCAGCCAUAGAUCGCCGGACACAAAUGCAGAUUUCGAAGAGAGGGCCAAGCAGUCGUCACGGAUCAGCAAGGUCGGAUCCGGAGGCUUUUUCCAGCAUCUCCCCAAUCGCGACAUGGCGAGCAAGGUGGCUGAGCGUCACAGCGCUUCUAGCCUAGGUGCGCAGAGCGUCGCCAACUUCGAGCAGAGUUCCCAACGCACCCGAUACAUGGCCAGCGACUACCUUAACAAUCGACCAUCGCACGCGGUUCCCAUCAGUGCUUUUCAGGUCGCAGCGCACAAGACGUACCCGCUUUACAAAACCGAACACGACUCAUACGUCAUCAUCGUAACUUCUACCUACAUUUACCUUCUACAGAACCAACAGCUCGAAGAGAUUGUCCAACUAUGGAACCCGAAGAAGCGGAAUCCGUCCGGUGCGGAUCGCAGCCAUCAGCUCGAGACAUUUCCGGGUCUGUGGAAAGACGACCCUUCGUACAAACUUUGGGACGCCUUUACACCAUAUCGCCACACUAGUCUUGAGGACUUAUACAAUGCCGGCAGCUUUCCCUCGUGUUGGCAGUGGACGGCCGAGUCAAAGGCCACCGGCGCGGAGAGCGGAAGACAAACGCCAGAAGGCGCGGGCAGUCCACUGAAAGUGAUCAGCCUGUCAAUAGUGUGGACUGAGACUGAGACUUGUUGUCUCGACGAAGUGCUCAUAGACCUGGUACAGGUACAAGACAUGGGCCUGGUAGCGUUCGAGAACAUAAUACAUAUAGGAUGUACACCUAGAGAUCAGGAAGCCCUGCAUGCGAUAUCAACAGCCAUGGACUUCGGCUACGUUAACACCAACGUCGUGGCUGUACUCAUCCCUCUGUCAGAAGAUGCGCGCAGAAGCGUUGAUCAGGGUACAAAUGCCCAAUACGCUGACUGGACUGACAACGUCUUGCCCGAGGGCCUACUCGCGCGCACACACCAGCGUCUCAUCAAACUGUCGUUUGCGGCCUUUGCAGGCCGGAGAUCGUUCACGUUUGGCAGCUCGCGAAUCAAACACUAUCAACUUCCCCUUUCUUCAACUGCCUUGGUCGAUAUUAGCGAGCUGCAUUUUACUCUCUUCAUCCACGAAGCCGACGGAACCUUGUGGGUUCGAAAUGCGUCGUUGCACGGCACACGGAUACGCGCGGCUUCAAUUGACGAAGGCCCGAGUGUGGACCUUCAGCGGGUGGCCAUGCAGGUCUCUCAGGUGACACUGCUUCAGCUUGGCCGUAACGAUCGCUUGGGUUUUCUCCUCAUUCCCAAUCGCCCUCGUCACCUCCAGUCUUAUCAACAGCACAUUACCCGCCACUUCCAAUCGAUUGUACGGCCAAGCUGCGCGCUUACGUCAACACGGAAACGACUUGCAUCCACUAUGCUAGGCCUGGAAACGUUGCGGAAGCGACCAUUCAUCUCCACUCAAAGCAUCGAUUGCGUGCCCGCGAAGCUCGGCCUUUGUACCACGGGGGUGAGUCUAGAUGACACACAGAUCCAAGUCUACGGGUAUCUUGACCCUAACGGUCAUCGUUAA